UCCUCUUCAUGGGGUGUGAGGUUACCUUGGUGACUGAUAUACAUCAGGUAAGUAUGCUCGCACUGUUGUUCAAUGGUGAGUCUUCUCCUCUUGGAACAAACAGUAGGGGAAGGGUAGGCUCCGCAGCGACCUCUCAAAAUGGAAGAGGGAAGAGUAAGAAGAUGAGAUGCUGCUGCUGUUUGGACGUUUCUUUCUCCUUUGAGGCUUCACCACUUGAGCCAUGGCCAUCAAGACCAGUACCAAAAGCUCUAGGCCACCAUUUUGUAACUAACAUUGCAAAUGAGGUCUGCCCUUCACUAAAAAGCAGAUCUAGCUCCGAUCCAAGCAACUCAAAUGCUAACAUGAACAGUAAACACACAAACUCUCGCCCUACUCCUCCUCCUCCUCCCCCUACUGCAGUCCAUCCUAAAGUCCAGGAGAGGAAGUUCCUCUUCAAACGACCCCAUCACCAGGCCUACGGCUCACGGUCAGCCGCCCCAUUGUACCAGUUCACUCAUUUCUUUCAGCUUUAUGACCACAUUGAUGACUACAGGAAGUAUUGCUGUAGCAUCUCUACAGUCCAGUCUUCUUCUUAUAAUCAGUCAUCAACUGGUGCUGUCAGUAAUGGAGGAUUGACUGUCAAGAAAGCCGUUCCAACUUGCACACCAUCAGUAAUGCAAAUGACAGCUCCUAAGGAGAGACCUCCCGAGCGGCAAGCAGCAGAUAUUAACUACAUAAUAUUUGAGUGUCCAACAAGACAUGACACUUCACUCCUUUACAGACCCCUUCUCUUUGCAAGGAACUCAGGACAACCUUCUAACGCCUCUUCAAGACUACUAGCAGAAUAUUGGUCAUCAGCAGCUUCCACUGUUGACUCUGUGAUGCACAUUAAAGGGAGCACUCACUCAGUUAAUGGCAGUUCAUGUAAGAAUGGGCUAGGAACAGAGAAACACGAAGAGCAAAAGGAAGACCCACUUUUAUUGCUCCAGCAACAGAACAACAAGCAGUCAGGAGCAUUCCUUCAUCACAUAGAGAGGAAAAUGAAAGAGAAAGCUAUGAUUGCUAAGGAAGACAAAAGUGUUGGAGGAGGAGGAGGAGGAGGAGGAGGGAGGGCAUUGCUGGAGCUACAGGUGGAACCAAUGACACUCAACGAAGCAAAAUGCAAUUGUCACAAUGUUGAAUCAAGGAAUCGUAUUUCAUCAUUCUCUUCUUCCAACAGCAAUCAUCAAUCACCUAAUAUUAGAUCAAAAUCACCUACUGAAACUGUAUCGUGUCAAAUUAACGAUGAAUCAAAGAUCCACUUUGAUAUUAACUCCUCGAAAGCUAAUCUUGAACAAUCAAAGACUGAUAUUGAUGCAAAAUCAAACAGAGAUCAAGGAAUCAGUGAUAAAGAAAUCAAUAAUCAAGGAAUCAGUGAUCAAGGGAUAACACGAGUUGAUUAUCCGAUAUUUGUUGCAGAGGAAGCUUCUAGUGUUACCUCAACUAGCAGUGCUCCUUCUGAAGGAGCUUCCUCUUCUUCGUCUUUAAGGAGACCAAUCCACAGCAAUGUCUAUAGCAACCCCUUCGAAUACUCAACCAACAGAGAAGAAGACUCCAUUAUAACUCACAAAGCCAGUGGAAGACUCCUGGCAGGUCGGAUCAGAGCAAUAUCUGAUUCUGGAGUAACAGCAGGAGAUGAGAGCAUCAGCAACAGCUUACAGAGUAAGUCUUUGUUCAAGAACAACUCAUCCAAGGAAGGAUUAGUGAGAAAGAGCUCUGAUGACCAAGCUAGCUAUGUUCCUCCAACCAAUAGUCUUCCUAACUUUCUAAAUUUGACACUGUCCCAGCAUAAUAGCAUCAUACCACCAAACACUCCGAGUCAUUCGAACAGAGAUCUCCUGUAUGUUGGUGUAAACCCAAGACCGCUCUCUCAUGAGGUCAUUCCACAAAGCAUCAGUUCAAGAGUCAAGCACAGGCUCACAUUAUGUGGAACCAGUUCUCCUUCUCCUCCUCCUACUGUCAGUCAUCAUGAUCCUUUACUUAAGAAGAAUUCAAAAGGAAGGCAUUACAGACAUUGCUUCAAGAAGUCUCUUAGUCGACGUAUUUCAUCCACCAAUCGCUGGAUGGUAGUAGAUCACACUUCAGUGUCUGGUAAAGGUAGCAAAACACUGCCAACGCUUGAAGACAUCGUGAAUGCUGAAUGAUAUGAGCACCAAGUACCUCUUGACACAUUUUUGCAAUUACAUGUAUGUUCUCUCUUUUUUUGAUUCAACUUUUUCAUCUUUUUUGUAAAAAAUAGACAAGACAUGCGUAAUAGUACAGUUUUAGGAACAACAA